ACCUUAACAAACUACACAACCGAAGGAUCUACACAACAACCAACCGAAGGAUCUACACAACAACCAACUGAAGGGUCUACACAACAACCAACACAACAACCAACUGAAGGAUCCACACAACAACCAACUCAAGAACCUACUCAAACUCAGGAAUCCAAUCAACAAUCAACUCAGAAACGAACUCAAAUAGCCCAGCCAACAACUACUAUGAAUUCUACUGUGGAACCUACUGAGAAUCCUACAACAUCUAUUAUGGAACCUACUGAGAAUCCUACAACAUCUACUGUGGAACCUACUGAGAAUCCUACAACAUCUACUGUGGAACCUACUGAGAAUUCUACUAUAUCUACCGUGGAGCCUACUGAGAAUCCUACAACAUCUACUACGGAACCUACUGAGAAUCCUACAUCUACUAUGGAACCUACUGAGAAUCCUACAACAUCUACUGUGGAACCUACUGAGAAUCCUACAUCUACUAUGGAACCUACUGAGAAUCCUACAUCAUCUACUACGGAACCUACUGUGAAUCCUACAACACCUACUGUGAAUUCUACUCAAGAACCAACCCAGGAACAAGAAUGUUCUGUUCACGGUCAAUCAGUGGUACAAGAAGAACCCAUCGUUGUUGUUUUGCAUGGAUCGGGUUCAGAAAGUGUUCAAGAACCUUUCGUUUAUACUGAUGAAAAUCCGUCUACGUCAGUUGAAAACGAUGCCGAUGAUACCGCUGAUAAUAUAGAAUCUGAAGAUGACGCUCAAAAUUAG